AUGAGUUUCCUGUCGUUGUUGUCCUCCGUGACAAAGGACAAGAAGAUCCAGGAAAAGGCCAAACAUGCCCAACUUGGAAAUCAUCCUCCUAACCCGUCAACGUCAUUACAGGACACGUUGGCUAAGAAUACCCCUUUGCAGACACCGAAUAGGCCAUCCAUAGCAAGACAAGUAGGUAGGAAACCAUCCAAGCCACAGCCAUCCUUUACGCCUUCAAAUGUCUAUGAUGAUCCCGCCGUUCAGCGGUUAAAGGAAGCCAGGCGAGUGGAGAGAGAAAGACUAGCACAGAAGAACCAAGGAAAAAGACAAACAUCGACAAGAACAAGGGCGCCGUCGUCUCCCAAUGGUUCGGUGACAUCAGCAGGCAACUCGAGACAUCGAUCGAAAUCCACAACUCCAACAGCAACAACAACAGUAGAAAAACGAAAUAACAGGAAAGAUUUGGACUUAUCACUGCCAGAGGUAUCCAAGUCAAGGUUCAAAUUCAAGCCUUCAAUACAUGGUGGACGGGCUGCCAGCCCCACCCAGAAGACAUCCACUGGUGGCACUGCUGGGUCCGGUCCAAAUGGAAAGCCUAGUAAGAUGUCCUUCAAGGAACUGAUGGAUAAAGCCUCCCAUAUCGAGAAACCAAAAGUUGCAUUGCCGCCAAUUAUAACCCACAGGAAACAGGAGAAACCUCGUCCUAGUAAAGCGUACCAGUCCUUGAAGAAAUCCAGAAACCAGCAACUGGCAGUGGACAAUGCCAGGUUAAAGCCAACCAGCUCAACUACUAGACCCUUGUCUAAUGAGAGAUUGACUUCCAAGUCUGUCUCACCAGUGAGAGACAUUAGAGAACCGUCAUUUGCCAAACCAAGUCCAGAGUUGCUGAGGAAACUCAAAAACAAAAAGAAAAACAUGCAACUGAAGCAGAGACCAUACAGAACGUCCACGUCAUCUUCGAACUCUUCUCGAAGAAAAAAGGAUGCCUAUGACAUUGAUGCAGAAGAAGAGGAAGACGACGACUUUGGUUACUAUGAUGACCAGUACGAUUCCCAGGAUGAUGGAUUUAUAGUGGACGAUGAAGAGGAAGAAGAAGAAUACAGAAUGACACAGAGAGAGAGAAAGUUCAGUGACCUUAGAUCACAGGGUUACAGCAGAGACGAGAUCUGGGAGAUCUUCAGCAGAGGUAAAAAGAGAGGUUAUUAUCAAGAUGAUUAUGAUUCUGCAGACGAUAUGGAGGCUACAGGUAAUGAAAUUCUGGAGGACGAGGAAAGAACUUUAAAACAAGCUAAGCUGGACGAUUUAAGGGAACAGAGGCUACUUGAAGAACAUGCUCGUAGGAAGAAUAAAUUAUUGCACAAGUAA